UGCGCGCGCAUUGGCUGGCGGAGAAGGGCGCACGUGGGUCAGGGUAAACAACACGCCAGCGCGCCCCCGUGCGUGUCCGGUCAGCGGAACCUUGGUAAAGCCUCGCGGACUUUACUGCUGCACAGACACGGCGGAACAAUGUUGCUCGGAAAGCUGGUUGUUUGUGUAUUCCUGCUAGUGCUUGGCCCCCAUGUGUGUGUGGGAUACGUAUUUCAGGCCGCACAGCCAACAGAAGAAAAGGAAGAGAUUCCUUUAAACCCUAAAAUAUCUAAAUGGGAAAGCACAGCUGGGUCUUGUAAGGGGCGGUGCUUUGAGCUGGUAGAGGUGGAGCCUCCUGGGUGCAGGUGUGAUAAUCUGUGUAAGACGUACUAUAGCUGCUGCGCCGACUUUGAUAAGCAGUGCCUCAAAACUGCUGGAGGUUUUGAGUGUACUGCAGAGCGGUGUGGAGAGAGCCGAAAUGAGGACUAUGCAUGUCAGUGUUCAGAGGACUGUUUGGAGAAAGGAGACUGCUGCACCAACUACAAAGCUCUCUGCAAAGGUGAGAGUCAAUGGGUGGAUGGAGACUGUGAGGAGAUUAAAGCCCCAGAAUGUCCUGCAGGAUUUGUGCGUCCUCCUCUCUUUAUCAUCUCUCUAGACGGAUUCCGCGCCUCCUACAUUAAGAAAGGAAAAUCUGUCAUUCCCAACAUCCAUAAACUGAGAACAUGUGGGACACGCUCUCCUCAUAUGAGACCAAUGUACCCUUCGAAAACAUUUCCCAACCUCUACACACUCGCCACGGGGCUGUACCCAGAGUCUCACGGAAUUGUGUGUAACUCCAUGUAUGAUCCAGUGUUUGAUGCAAACUUCAAUCUGCGUGGGAGAGAGAAGCUCAAUCAUCGCUGGUGGGGUGGGCAACCUAUCUGGAUAACGGCAGAGAAGCAGGGGGUGAAGGCAGCCACGUUCUUCUGGCCUUGGGUGAUUCCACUGGAGAGAAGGAUUCUGACCAUGCUAAGUUGGCUCCACCUGCCUGAUGAUGAAAGGCCGUAUGUGUAUGCAGUCCACUCAGAGCAGCCCGAUACGUUCGGCCACAGACUGGGGCCACUCAGCAAUGAGCUGGAUAACCCACUAAGAGAAAUUGAUAACAUCAUCGGUCAGUUGAUGAACGGUCUGAAACAGAUGAACCUGCACCGCUGUGUAAAUGUCAUCAUAGUGGGCGAUCAUGGAAUGGAGGAGGCCCACUGUGACCGUACAGAAUAUCUCAGCUCAUAUGGACUCAGUGUUAAUGAGCUCACACUCAUCGCGGGAUCCUCUGGGAGAUUGCGUCCCAAAAACCAGAGCAUGCCAUAUGACCCAAAAGAACUUGUAGCCAAUUUAACAUGUAAGAUGCCCAAUCAGCACUUUAAGGCCUAUCUAAAGCAGCACCUGCCCAAAAGGCUGCACUACGCCAACAACCGCAGGAUAGAGGAUGUCCACCUGCUCAUGGAGAGAAAGUGGCUCGUAGCCAUGAACCGGUUACCUGGCAGCUGUGGCUACUUUGGUGAUCAUGGCUUUGAUAACAAAAUUAACAGCAUGCAGACCAUCUUUUUGGGAUACGGACCGAGCUUCAAGUUCAGGACGGAAGUUCCUCCGUUUGAGAAUAUUGAGCUUUACAACGUAAUGUGUGACCUCCUGGGCUUGACUCCUGCACCUAAUAAUGGCACACACGGCAGUCUGAACUCCAUGCUUAAAGACCCUCCUUACACGCCCAUACAGCCGGAGGAAGUGACAUCACCAAAACCUCUAGAGCCUGCUGCAACGUCACUGGCCUUCUACAACCUGGGCUGCAGCUGUGAUGAUGAGAAUAUGAUUGAGGAGAGCACUGAUGGAUUUUUUGCAGAAGGCGCUGCUUUGUUAAACAAUGUGUCCCACCUGCCAUUUGGACGUCCCGCCGUUUUGUUCCAAACUUCGUACUCUUUACUGCAGCACUCAGACUACAUCAGUGCAUACAGUUACGAGCUGCACAUGCCACUGUGGACUGCAUUCACUAUCACUCCACAGACAGAGAGCACUGCCCCACCUCUUCCAGGCUCGGAGUGUGUAAGAGCGGACAUCCGAAUUCCUCCCGAACACACACAGACCUGCGACUCCAGCAACCAGGAUCACAAAAUCAUCCGUGGAGUCCUGUAUCCACCUGGUUUAUCCAUCACGUCUGAAUCCAGAUAUGAUGCUUCACUGAUCACCAACACAGUGCCCAUGUACCCUGCCUUUAAGAGAAUAUGGAACUACCUGCAGAUGACAGUAUUGAGGCGUUAUAGUGAAGAGAGGAACAGCAUUAAUGUUGUGACUGGACCCAUAUUUGACUAUGACUUUGAUGGACUCAGAGACACAGUGGAGAAAAUCAUAGAACAUGCAGGUGACUCUGCCCCGGUCCCUACUCAUUUAUACAUGAUAAUAAUGAGCUGUGAAGGAGAGAAUGCAACGGUGGAGGAAUGUGAUGGAUCGAUUUCCACAGUGUCCUUCAUCCUCCCACAUCGGCCAGAUAACUCGGAAAGCUGCAAUAGUUCGGAGGAGCCGUCUUGCUGGGUGGAGGACAUCCUGCGCACUCACACAGCUCGCAUACGUGAUGUGGAGCUGCUCACUGGACUAGAUUUCUACCGCUCCAUCGCUCUGCCCUACACAAACACACUCACGCUGAAAACCUAUCUGCACACUUUCGAGGAAAACGUCUAACACCUGGUGGAUCAACAUCACUAAACACCACAGCACCUCUCUUCCUGGAUCCGCUGAUGAUUAGGUGUAUAGUUUUUAUACAGUUUGUCAUAUUUAUUGUUCAUUUCAAACAAAAUAAUGGUACAAUGUUUCAAACAGUUCAACUUUAGACUCACUAAACAUAUCUGAUAUAGAGCGUGAAAUACAUUGCGUUAUUGUGAGUAUCUUUGUGUGUGUGUGUGUGUGUGUGUGUGUGUGUUGUAAGUUAACAGUUUGUUAGCAUGUGUUUGCUUGUGGAGAGGUUUUAUGUGGAGCUCAGUGUUCCAGAUUACUGUGAUAAUAAUGUGACCACACAGUAACAUUCCCCUACAGAUAACUCCCAACAAGGCAUGUGCCAUAGUCCUUUUCAUCACAGUUUACAAUGUUACUACAAUAAUGUAUUUGCAAAGUUAUAUUUACGUAUUCUUAAAAGAGCAGUACUGCUGUCUGCUGACUGCGAGGUGAACCACAAUUGCAAAGAAAAAAAAAUUGACAAGCCUUCCCCUUUUCCACCAACUGACCCCACCCUUUUUUGUUGAAACUAUGUAUGCCUUGUGAGUGGAAGCUAAUUUCUGGGCCAGAAAAAUGUAAACAGAAACCUUAAAUAAAAAGAAGCUAGUGAUAUCCACUGCAUAGCAUUAUAGCAAAUAAAUUUUUCUAAAGUACUAUCUUUGAGAUUAUAUGAUUACUAUAGGUAUAAAUACAUUUUUAGCAAUUCCAAACUGCUCCUUUAACUGAAGAGGAAGCUGUGCAGCGUUGCAGUCAGAACUUUAAAGCUCUUUAGCUUGGGUGUACACCACAAGUUUGUAUAAAAAAUAUCUUCUGUAGAACCUGUAAAUGCUAAAGAUCUAGGUACAGUAGGCUUUGAAGAAAACCUUUAUUGCGACAUAUGCACAUACAGUACAGAGAAAUCCAUAUCCCAGCUUGUCAGGAAGUUGGGGUCAGUGUACAGGGUCUCUGCACCACUGGAGCAGAGAGUGUUUAGGGCCUUACUUGAGGCUCUGACAGUGGCAACGUGAUGGUGCCAAUACUCUUGUAUUGAAAUGCAAAUUAUCCAGCAAAGCUAGCUAGAUAACUAAUAAUGCUACCUACUGAGUUACUACAUAUCCAUUCAGGAUUAUGUCAUCAAGCUAAAUUUAAGCACUGGAAUGACUUCUACACACAAAUACUGACUAUUUAAACUACAAGACAAACAGUUAACCUAUAUUUGUUAAUGCAUUCCUCAGUUGGAGUAACUAUGUUUUAAUACUUUCAGUGAAAACUAUGUGUGUGUGUGUGUGUGUGUGUGUGUGUGUGUGUUUUGCUGUGAAGAAUAAACAUCACCUUCAUAUAUGGCAAAAAAAUGUGAAAAAACCUAACUGUUUGCAGACUUUCAAAUGGGAUGGCCUUUCUUUCAAGAGUGCUUAGAGUGUCAGUAUUUGAAGCGUCCUUGAUACCAUUAUCAGGCAGGAUUAAUAUCAAAGUAUUAUAUAAUCAAAGCUUAGCUUUGCUAGCUGUGGAAUGGUGACACAGGACAAAACCAACAUAAAAUGUGUUAGACUUGGCACAGAUCCAACCUGGAACUCUGAAAUUGUCCUGGAGCAAUAAACAUUGUUCUUCUAAAAGAGGUUGGUGUUUGAGUUCAAAUCCCGAUAAUGCCACAGCCAUCCAUGGCCAGGAGCUCAAUAGAGCAAAAUUGGCCAUGCUUUCAGAGAGGGAGAGGUGGCAUACACUCUCUCCCCUAUCAAUCACAGCAACACUAGACAACUAUGGCUUAUAUCAUUUUCAUCCUGUGGAUAGGGGCGGAGUCAUUAUGGGCAAAACCACUUCCGUCAGGAUAGAAAUCUAUCAUCAUAGGAUAAAGGUGAUCAGUCCAAAGAACAUUUGAUUUGCAGUGACGCGUCGCUCUACAUAUAGAGAUAUUAUACUAGAGUUACAGUGCAUGGACUGCUCAUUAGAAAAACAAUGAACAUUUCACAGUUCAGUGGUGAAAAACACAUUCACUGGUCUAUGAAGAUGUGGAGAAAUUCCUUAUCAGUCACCAGAUCUCACCACAACUCAGUUGGAAACAUCUUAGACAGCACUCUCCACUAUCAUUAUCGAAAGACUAAUUGAGGGAAUAUCUUUUGGAAGAACGAUGUUUAUCACAGAUGGUUUGGUGGCUUGUGGUGGCCCAGCACCUUAAUACAACACUUUAUUUGGUUUCUCUCCCAUAUAUAUAUAUUUAUAUAUAUUUAUAUAUAUAUAUAUAUAUAUAUAUAUAUAUAUAUAUGUAUAUAUUCUGCCUGUUAAGUUGCUUGCAUCACAUUAGCUAAAUUUAACCAUGGGAAUGAAUUUUAUCAUCACAUACACUAGUCUGUUUGUUAAAAUAAUAAAACAUGUUAGCUACAAGACAGGCCAAUAAAUGUACAUUUGUAAAUGUAUUGUUCAAAUUUCAACAAACUGUCAUGCAACAAAAAUAAUUAAUAGAUUUUAUUUCACCGAAAUAAAUUUCUACCGAUUUUAUAGCCAGUUGGAUUACCGAGUUUGUUAUCAGAUAAUGAUUGUUUUUUUUUCUUUUUCCAUAAUUGUGUGCUAUACUGCGAGUAGAGAACACGCUGAAUCAUCUGGUACCUGCAUGUGAUUAAGAUAUUAAGGCCAACUAGCAAUAAAUUCACAUCCUGCAUCUGUCCAUGUGUUUAUUCUCAUACACCUAUCACAAAUGUUCACUGUCCAGAUAUAAUAUUAUGGCUACAUAAUAGAUAACAGAUGUGUGGUUUAUAAAAAUGUUAUUUUAUGGAUGCUAGUUCUAAAUGCUAGAAAGACUAAUCCAAUAUAUAAUAAAUGAACAUUAGAAUUGCCAAAAGUGAUGAUGUGACAAUGUCUCUUUUUUCCUGAAGUGAAAGAAAAUACACUGUCCACAAUCGCAAUUUAAAAAUAAUCUGUCUAUGUGCAGGGUUAGAUCAGUCGGAACUUGUUUAUGUGGGUGUGGGUGUGUUAUCAGAUUUAGUUCUGUUGUAACUGGGAAUUUUGCCUAAUGCACUAUAAACAGGAUAACUAAGUGAUUACUAGAGAUAUCAAAAGAAAGCCACUAAACUCCAAAGAUGAUAAAGUGUCCUAUCUUUACAGACUUGGUAAUGCUAAUACAAAUAAAAAGCCGUUGAUAAGGAAGCUGCAAAUGAUCUUUACUUAGAAGAGCAGUGGCCAUUACCUAUGCAGUAUACAUACCAUAUAAAGUAAUAUACACUAUUAGAUGUAUCUUUUACAAUCAGACUAUAAGUUCUUUGUCUGUAGUAGUAUGAUUACUAGGAAAAAGUACUGAGUUUAUCAUAUAACAUACUAUUCCCGUUGCUCCAGGUGUAGUUGAUAAGCCAUGACAUGUUUGGUGUCCAGCGUCUGUUUUUGGCUACAAGUCUAAUGUAACCAACAAGUCUAUCUUAACCAAAUAAAGUGCAAAGAAAUAAAGAAAACCUCAGACAUUUAAUCCUUUGCAUUAAUGCAUUAUAAUCCAAAUUAUAAAGCACUUAUCAAAACAAACAAACAAAAAAAAAAAACC